UUGGGCAAAAUACAAAGGUUGUGCAAACUGUACAAAAACCCGCCUGAAGUAUUUUAAUCCCAGCCUAUGACAGCCGAAAAUCAACCAAACCUUGAAAUUCAGUCAAAUUUGUUAACAAAGGCCGCCAAAACGAAACAAAAUUUACCUGUUUUAGAUGAAGUCUUAUAUCCUUUUCAAGAAUCCAAACCGAAAACAAUGAUAGCCCAAAUUGGCAAACUUUGGAGAAAUAUUAACCAAACAAUAAGAAAUCAUAACUUGAUUUAAUUUGGUAGAAAACUGUCCAAAAUCAAGUCAGUCCUUCAUUAAUUGGUUUUUUCCGUUCCAACAAAGCCGAAAAUAACAUAAGUCGACAAGAGCAAAAUGGGCGAAUGGAACGAAGGAUUGUUCAGCUGUUUCAGCGAUAUGAAAAUCUGCGCAUGCACAUAUUUUCUACCCUGCUAUGUACAAGGUAAAGUGGCUGAGGCAAUGGGCGACGGAUGUCUUCUGUGGGGAAUCAUCUUCUUCAUCCCCCUAAUCAACCUCAUAGCCCCAAUCUCCCUCAGAGGAAAGAUUCGUGAACAAAAAAGCAUAGAGGGGGGCAUACUUGGAGACUGUGUUGCAGUGUGGUGUUGUCUACCUUGUGUGUUGUGUCAGGCGGCUAAGGAGAUGAACGUGGAUUUGAUGGCUGCUGAUGGAGAUAUUGAGCAAUUAGAACGCGUUUAAACUUAAUUUUCCCGCCUCAAAUGAUUUCCUAGAUUAUAAUUUCAUGAUAUCCAAUUUACUAACAAAACUCAACAAUGUAUUCUAUUGUCUCGAAAUAUAUAUAUUUAUUUUAAAACAAUUUCUGACCGAAA